CUCCCGUCACCGUCUCCGUCAGAGCCGCCUGGGCUGUGGUCGCGUCGACAGUGAGGAGCGGCCGCAACCACACCCGGCUACAGCCGCCAAACCUCCCUGCCCUGAAUGGCUCUACUACUACUACUUCUCCUCCACCGCCAUGGAGAAAGUUAUCCUUAAACUCCACUGUUUCGUGGCUCUGUCCAGGUUGCACUUCGGUUCGUUAAUUACUGACGGACUCUAAUUUAAUUUUCCCUCCCCUCCCUCUCUCUCCCUUGCUCCUCGGCUCUUGCAAGUUUGUUGGAAAACUUUCACACCGAGAGUUGUGUACUGGAAGACCGUACGUUACGUAUUUCACCUUCACCCUGCCUGGGCACACUCGGUGCACGAGUCAAUUCCCCUCCCCCCUCCCCCUCCCCGUCUUUCAGUACUACACUUUUCAUGAGAGAGUGAAUUUGGUUUUGACCCGAGAGCAAGAGUCGAGAUAGUACUAGUGUCACUGCAAACGCACGGGCUGUGAGUGAGAGUGAUUUUUUUAUUACUGAGAAAAAUAAAAAAAAGAAAUAAAAGAAGGAAAGAUAUAUAUUACAUCAAUAUAUAAAAACCCUCCGUGGAUAGACUCACAUACUUUUUUUCUCUUAAUCGUCUAUAAAAAAAAAAGUAUGUCGAAUACGUCUAGGAGGAGGAAGUGUUUUUAUUAGAAUUUAAGCGUCUCUUCGUAAGAUCUUCAUCGGCCGUGCGUGAAUUGUUGCGAUAUAGAAAUUGAAUUGGGAUAGUGUCGGCCUUUUUAAUAUUAUCAUAAUUAUAAUUACUUGCACACGUGGACACAGCAUUCAGAAGUGAUAACCGCUGUCAAUAGUCUCAGGCAAGUGUCAUUUAAGUGAAUACAGUCCAACUGUCAUACUUGUGUGCGUUUUUUGUUUUUGUUUUUUUUGUUUUUAAUUUAUUGAAUUCUUCGGGGCGCAUCGCACGUGUGUGUGUCUCUGUGAGAAGCCGGGACGCCUGCAACUUUGCUUCUAGAUAUUGAGCGCGGGCGUAGGCCGUCCACGGGUGGGCGUGAUGCCACUUCACGACCCCGCCCACCAGAACCCAUCCACAGGUCGGGAGGAGAUUCUGCGGGCGUGGUGAGCCAGGCCGCCAUGACCUGGGUCAGGCCCCUCCAGGGCCUAAACCCCCCUCCCACUCCACCGUCUCUCUGGCUGCUCGUUCUGUUGAUCUCUCCUGUGCUUUAUACCCCAGGGUUUGCGGAGAGCGGCGGUGGAGGGCGGCAGGUGGAUGUCAUUGAAUCGCUACAGCUUUGGAACACCACCUAUCAGGGGCUCACCGUCAUCCCUGGUCCUCGACCCUUCGCCCCGGCUGUGUUCCUACAAGGUGAAUCGCGGGAAGUGCGGGUGAGCGACGCUGUACUGGCUGCAGCGGCUUCCUUGCUGAGCGGUUCCCGCGAGUUCACAGUCAUGGCAACACUGCAGCAGGAGGACCGAAAUGCCGGCACCAUCCUCGCCUUCUCUCGCGGCAACCAGCACUUCCUCGAGCUGCAAGCGUCCGGCCGGAAGGAUGAAAUUAGGUUACAUUACAUCCACAAUGGUGCAGUACACGUCGAGACCUUCCCCUAUCGAAUCGCAGACCAACGGUGGCACAAGGUGUCAGUAGUAGUGAGCGGCAAUCAAGUGGAGCUGUGGGUGGACUGUUCCCGAGUUUAUCGCCGCUUGGCGCCAUCCCCUGUCACCAACUUGACUGCCUUAGCUUCUCUCGCUCCGCCGAUUGACCCAGCUGACCCGACUCUUAGCCAAGACCCUUCGUUUCGUGACGCUCCCAUAGCUCUCUAUUUAGGACAACGCAAUGCUAAACAUUUUUUAUUCAAGGGAGCACUACAAGAUGUCCGCCUGGUUUCUGGAGCAGCCGGUUACUUGUUGCAGUGCCCCCAAGCCGACGCAGAUUGCCCAACUUGUGGACAAUUCCAAGUUCUCUCUGACCAAGUCGUUCAAUUACAGCAACUUGUCACACAGCUGGCAACUCGAUUAACAGAAUCAGAAGCACGUUUAGCUGCUGUGGAGGAGUGUGACUGCCAGAGGUCGUGUCGUGUCAACGGCACAGUCAGACAGGAUGGUGCUACGUGGAAAAGUGGCUGUGAAAUCUGCUCAUGUGUGCAUGGUGAAGUAACGUGUCGACCAAUCCCUUGUCCAGGAGUGACGUGCAAAAAUCCUGUCUACACGGAAGGAGAGUGUUGUCCAGUAUGCUUAAAACAAUGUUCGCUUAAAGGUGUUGUAUAUGAUCAUGGAGAAGUUGUGUCACCCCGCCAAUGUGUAGAUUGUGAGUGUCGAGACGGCAAAAUGCAAUGUAGAAGAAUUGACCCAGAGGAAACGUGUCCACCCCUUCCGUGCCCCGAAAACGAACAAUUUACAGUACCCGGGCAAUGUUGUAAGUUUUGCCCCGAUGUCGAUUACUGUGCUCAAGGCCAUGACUGCCAUGCUAACGCUACCUGCAUUAACCUUCAGACAACCUAUGCUUGCCACUGCAACACUGGUUUCACGGGUAGUAAUGGAAGACUUUGUACAGAUAUUGACGAAUGUCAAGAAGUGGGCGCUCAUCAUGGCCACUAUUGUCAGGCUCAUACCUAUUGCAUCAAUACCAUUGGAUCUUACAUCUGUCAGUGCGAAGAUGGCUACGUAAGGGUUGAUGAGCUUACCUGUGUCGAGCGAGACGAAUGUAGUGAGGGGGCUCAUCAGUGUCAUGAACAUGCCUCCUGCACCAAUACUCGCGGUGGUUACCAUUGCACAUGUCACGAGGGAUAUGCUGGAGAUGGAUUUGACUGCAAGCCUGUUUGUAAUGCCACUUGUGAAAAUGGUGGAAUGUGUGUGGCCCCUGGAGUCUGUGAGUGUCGUCGGGGAUUCAGAGGACAAGCAUGCGAGUUAGAUGUUGAUGAAUGUGCAUUAGAUUUACACCGCUGUCAUCCUAAUUCGCGUUGUGUUAAUCUGCCCGGAUGGUACACAUGCCACUGCCUGCCAGGGUAUACUUCUCUUCUUGCAGACAAUAGCCAAGGCCUCUUAUGUCAAGAUGUGGAUGAAUGUACUGCUGGAACCUCUACAUGCCAUGAGACAGCUACUUGUAUAAAUACAGAAGGAUCCUUUUUAUGUACCUGUGAAAAUGGCACAGCCUGCUCUCAUGGUUGUGUUAUAAAUGGAGUAGAACGACCACAUGGUGAUGUGUGGACCCCUACAGGUUCUGAAUGCUCUCAGUGUACAUGCUCUGAGGGCACAGUUACCUGUAACCGUUUUGUCUGUGAUUGCUCUGAUCCCAACGUUGAUACUAAAUGCUGCCCCCACUGUGAUCCACGUGCCUCAUGUACCCAUCAGGCACAACCACACAUCACUUUCCACAGUGGACAGCGUUGGAUAUACCAGUGCCAGACUUGUGAAUGUCUUUAUGGAGAGAUUGACUGCUGGCCAUUGGAGUGCCCACCAGUACAGUGUUCUUCACCUGAGAAGAUGCCAGGUGACUGCUGUCAUCGCUGCCCAGAUGAUCCGUGUAUGGCUCCUGAAGGAACUAACACCAGUAUAGGGGCCAAUGAACCAAUGCUUGAUUCAGCAAAUCCACAAGGAUGUCAUUAUUUAGGCGCCAUCUAUCCACCUGGUGCUGAGUGGGCGGCACUAAAUGACGACUGCAUCACUUGCAGAUGUCAGAUGCCGUACUGCUGGGAGGGUGGAGGUCGGGGUGGCGCGUUCCGUGUACACCGGGUGGACGGGUGUGUUGUCGUUACCACAGCAGCUGCGUGGGUGGUGGGUACUGGCCUACCACUCCAUUUGCCUUCCAUGGUGCUUCGUGGGUUGGAAAUAUUACACCUACUACUGUGGGGAGUGCUAAUGUACUUGGUAGUUCCCAUUCUUCACUGUUUCACAGCUUUGUGGCAGCUAUUACUAAGACUACCACAGAUGUGGAUGGGACCGGUAACAAUAUCUCUAAAACGUUUACUAAGAAGUUCAAGAGGAAUAAACAGUACCACCCCAGUCCUGCCAACGCCCCGCCGACCACCAGACCUGCCCCACAUUCUUAUGCCUCCUUGGUGGUGGGCACUAAAAACCAUGUGGGUAGUGCUCUCCUCUCCUAUGAUGUGCCUCAGACAUUUGCCCCACUGGGGACAAUUAGUGAUAGUGACAUUGCAAAGACUACUGGGUUGCCAACCGGUUGGCAGUAUAGACAGUUAUAUCGAAAUCCUAACUCAAGGAUCCGAUCUCGUAAAGCACAAUUAUUCAGGGAGCGCCGAGAGAGGCAGAAAAAAAGUGAGCCAUAAGCUUAGUAGGGCACAAGACAGUUCGUGCCUCAUUUUAUCCCUUGAAGCCACAUCCUCCACCUGAGGUUGGCUUUGCCCCGCCACACCACGACUCACUCUGCAAUAAGAGGUAGUAUAAUUAUCCUGGGUCUUUUGCUCACUUCAUGCAGGCAUCGUGAGGAAGCAUCAUCCUUAGGAGAGCCAACUCUCAAGUUUAUUGUUCAACUUGAAUGCCCAUCCACAAGAAUGGAAACCUGGUACAUUACUGCUUAAGAAAAGGAAGUGGUCAUUCACAUCAUCUAGUAUGCGGAGGCAGCAACAUGGGUAACUCAUUCACCAUGGUAGCCACUGCUCCCCUAUUUGUGCAGCAGCUCUUCUUGAGAAUUUGCAUUGGCCUUCCUGCCUUCAGCAGCAGCAGCAGCAGCUACUGCAAAUUGCAGACUUCAUCAUGAGGUCUACUAUACCCUAGUUUGCCUCAGCUGUAGCCUCAUAUGCCUCUGCCUGUUAAGCGCUAGUCUUCCUCAAGUCGUGGUUAGUGUUGCGGUGGUCCCUGGGGAAAUGAAGAAGCACCCAUUCAGUGUUCCUUGGUACUUUGGUCUGUAGUGUAUCCUGCAAGUCAGCAACCAAGGAUCACUGCUCAGGAUAGUAUAAAGCGGGUGCUCGGAGGUAUGGUUGUGUUGUACAUAUCAUGUAAAUAGUGUUUAGGCUCACUAGGCCAAUCAUUAUUUUGGUGAUUCAAAGUGGAUGUUGCCAUAGCCCAGACUGCCAUAAAUUGAUGCAAAGACUGUUCAACUAUUUUAUCUCUGGUCAUUCCAUACGCCUGCUAGUCAUGUUUGUCUCGUCCUGAUUUUGUUGCAUAAGGUACUGUCAUAUUGUGCAUUUAUAAAAUACAGGAAUAUACAUUCCUUUGUCGCAUAAAUGAAAAUUUUGAGAUAUUACGAAAAAUAUUGUCUUGCACUACAUUUAUAUUAUCAAGUCUCUAGUCAUUCCUAAUCAAUAUCCUUUAAUAUUUGCUGACUAAACUGCCCACUGAAUGAUUGGAUUAUUUCAGUACAGUAUUGUUAUCAAACACAUCAUAUGUAUGAAAAUAUGUUUUUGUUAAAUCUAUACAGUUGACAUAGAAGUCAUGAUGAGUACUAUACUGGAGGGUUUUGCAUGUUGACAUCUAUCUCGGCCCACAUUCAGCAACCUUCUGACAUAGAGAGAGAGAGAGAAUGGGCCUUUUAAGGGGAGAACACAUUAGCACAGUGUCAGUUCAAAUGCUUUCUUGGCUGCUUUAUCAUUUUGUGCAAUUACAGUACUGUACCCUGUUUUACGACAUUGAAGUGUUGGAGGCGUUUGCCUCAUCACUUCUGUUCAUUAUUUUUUUUCUUUGUUAGAGCAUUCAUUAUUUAUAAAACAGUAACGAUUGUAAAUUUUAAAAGUUAGUUAAAAUAAUGUAAAAAUUCUGAAACACAGUUCAGAAAAGUAGCUGUUACUAGCUUAUCUGACGCCUAAGUAAAGUAGCUAAUGUUUUAGAGAAAAUUUUUAGCCUAUUUCAAGUUUAAAAGUAUCACUGCUAAAAAUGUAUUAUCAAAAGUUUAAGGGAUGGGUUAGCCUGUUAAUUGGGCAAAAGGCAGUUGAUUCAUUCAAGAACCGUAUAGUCAGCCAUGUUCGGUCUUUCAUCCCGAGCAUCGGGAUGCCAUAUCAGUAUGCUAAGGAAUCACUCUAUUGGUUAUUCAUUAUUGGCAAGCAUAGAGUACAUACAAUACAAGUUACUGUAUAAUGAUUAAAAAUCUAAACUACAUAUAUAAAAGUGCUGUAAAGAUGCAUGGCAUAUUGUCUUAAUUUCUUCGACCAACAACACCACGAUCUAUACACUUGGGGGGCCACAAUCUAUAGCAUAGGAACUUAUGUAGAUGUGGCGAUAAAUAAUAAGGAAACGAAAUUAACAGACAACAUCUUGGUGUCAAUUAGUCUUAUUAUUCCUGCUGAAUACUCCCCAGGGGAUUCUCGUUAUAUAUAAAGCCAGAAUAUUAAGAAAUCAGGUCGUGUCAACUCUUAAUGUCACAACUGUGUAAGAAGUGCAUAAGAGCAUAGAAUUGAGCUGUUACAUUUUAAGCAUAACUGUAGGUCAGUAAUAUCAUCUGCAACUGUGAUUUUAAUUCAUGUUUUAUCAGUUUUGUCCAUUUAGAUACACACUCCUAUUUUUUUCUUAAGUGUUGACAACAGAAAAUGUUUAAAGAUUUUUUUAUAGAUAUUUUUACUGGUAAUUAAAGAAUUGCAAUCUCGACCUUUAAGAGCUGGAAAAAGUACAGUACGUGUUGUGGUUUCAGUGAGUUAAGUAGUAGUGCCAUUUAUAAAUUGCUGAAUGAUUUUUUUUUAAAUUGAGGCAUUAUUAAGGAGAAGCAAAAAAUGCAAGUGUUACCAAAUAUAUGUAUAGUCGUCAUCAAAGAAAUUUAUAAUAGCUUUGGUUGAUAAUACAGAGUUUAAGAGAUGUUCCUAUGUUUUUUAAUAUUGUAAAAUACGUGUAAAGAUAUUUAUAGAAAAAUAUAGAAAAGGUUAAAUUAUACUGAAGUUUUGUAGUUUUUCCACCUCAGGUCUUGAUGACACUUAUUUUCAAAUAAUAAAUUUCAAUAAAAUAAUUAUCAUUG